CCGCUAUACUCUACCACAUGGUGGCCCGAAUACCUUAAUAUGCCUUUUUCAUCUUUACGUAGAUGAAUAAUACCUCGAGCAUCAGUUCAAACGUAAACAAAAACUAAUAUCAAAUUAUGUUCACCAACUUCUUUUUUAAAUAUUCUGUAUCAUCUCACAAUUCCACACUCCACAAAACAAACAAAUCCACGUCAGCAGCUGUACGGAUAUUUCAGGUGCUGAUACUACACUGCACAGUGCACACAGCACCACCUUCUACGACCAUUUUCAUUUCCGUACACUUUUAUUCCCACUAUAAAUUAAAUCAUCUCUGCUCAUAAUCCGUUUUCAAAAUAUUCCAAUCUUCACUUUCUAUUUCAUCCAUUUCUUCCGGCGCAAGUUUCCGGCGUUAUUAACUCUCAGGUCAGUUGAAGUGUCUACAAUGAGUCAGAAAAGAAAAGAGCCAAACACAUUGGAUCCAGAGUUUGCAGAACACAAACACAAGUACUACAACGAGCUACGAGACACUCGAUUCAAAGAUAAAUUCUCCAACAAGCUCGUAAAAUGUCCCAUAUGUCCAGACAGUCGAGACUACGAUUACAAAGACCUCACCAGGCACGCAAACCGCAUCGUAAAAGAAUCAAAAAGCGCCACAUUUAAAGAAAAAGCGCAACACACAGGAUUAAUCGAGUACUUAGAACUCAAGGGUGUCGAAUCACCUAAAAUCACACCGAAACAAAAAGUUAAGGACGAAACGUUUGUUUGGCCUUGGAUGGCUGUGGUGGCUAACGUUCCAGUUGAGUUUAAAGACGGUAGAUAUGUAGGUGACAGCGGUAAAAAGCAAAAAGACGAGUGGAUCAAAGAAGGUUACAACCCAGUCAAAGUUCAUCCUCUAUGGAACUGGCGGGGUCACUCGGGUCUUGCUAUCGUUGAGUUUGGUAAAAACUGGGAUGCGUUUAGUCAUGUAAUGAAGUUUGUGAAAGCGUUUGAGGUUAACAAACAUGGGAGGAAAGAUUGGUUCGAUAAGGGAACGCGUAAAGAUGAUAAAUUGUUUGCUUGGGUUGCAACGGAUGAAGAUUACAACUCGGAUGGUCUUGUUAGUAAACAUCUAAGAAAACACGGUGAUUUGAAGACGGUUUCUGAUAUUCAGAAAGAAGAUGAAGUCAAAAGUUCCAAGCUUAUUAUGGGGUUGCAAACUAUGAUAGAAGAAAAGAGUAAAAUGAGUGAAGAAAUCGAGACGGAAAUAAGCAAAACCGAUCAGCAUAUGGCCGCUGUUAUGAUACAGAAAGAAGCGAUGACUGAGAACUUCAAUAGAGAUAUGAAAAUGAUGCAAGAGAAGGCGUAUGACCAGCUUAAGAGGAUUACGUAUGAGCAUGAACAGACGAAGGUGUGGUUGGAAGCGCGUGAAAAGGAACUGAGAGAUCGUGAAGCUAUAAACGAAACUGAGAAAAGGAAGCGCGACUAUGCGAAGAGAAUGAAUGAAUUGGCAAUUUUGGAGCAGAAGAAGGCAGAUCAAAGAAUGUUGGAUUUAGCUGAGGAACAUAAGAAAGCAAAAGAAAAAGCGCAUCAGAAAAUCAUCGAGCUUCAGAAAAAGCUCGACGAAAAGCAACGGUUGGAGCUACAGAUCGAGCAAAUGAAAGGAGCGUUGGAAGUGAUGAAACACAUGAGUUACGAAGACAUCGGAGCGAAGAAAAAGAUGGAGUCGAUUCAAGAAAAUUUAAAAGAAAAGGAAGAGGAACUCGAAAGCUUGGAAGAACUUAAUCAAGCCUUAAUAAUCAAAGAACGAUCAAGCAACGAUGAACUCGUGGAAGCCCGUAAAGAGCUCAUUGCAGGUCUUACUGAAAAAAUUGGGCGCGCGCAAAUUGCGGUGAAGCGAAUAGGGGAUCUUGACGAAAAGCCGUUCUUUGCUGCUGCAAAGACAAACUGUUCCAACAAACACAAGGCCGCGAUGAAUGGCAUGAAGUUGGCGUCUUUGUGGGAAGAUCAUCUCCGGGAUCCAAGCUGGCACCCGUUUAAGGUCCUCACCGUUGGCGGGAUCAGCAAGGAGAUAAUUGAUGAAGAAGAUGAGAAGAUUGCGACGCUGAAGAGUGAGUUUGGCGGUGAUGUACUCAAUGCGGUUGUGACGGCUUUGAAUGAACUGAAUGAAUACAACCCGAGUGGAAGAUAUCCGGUGGCUGAGCUUUGGAACUACAAGGAGAGGAGACGGGCAACCUUGAAAGAGGGUGUUGAAGUGCUUCUUAGGAAAUGGAAAUCGCUUAAACGCUAACCACAUCGACUCAUUACCGAAACGACUAAGGUUUAUGCUAAUAGUUAGCUAAUUGAUUACGACUUUAUUGACAGAAAAUAUCAUGCGGUGCAUGUUUAAUUGUUUAUAUACUCAUGUUUUUGGGUUA